UCAGUUUGAAUCAAUAUGGCGGAGUAGUCUUAUUUCUGAGCGGCUGUGUUUUGUCAUGUUUACUUUUGUGGUUAUUUUUGAGCUGAUUUUUCUUAUGUGAACAUUAAUAAUAUGAUAUCAUCGAUAAUUUCCCGAUUGGUCAUAUUGGUAUUUGGAACUUUAUAUCCGGCGUAUGCUUCAUACAAAGCUGUGCGGACGAAGAAUUUAAAAGAAUACGUAAAAUGGAUGAUGUACUGGAUAGUGUUCGCACUGUUCACGUGUACAGAGACGUUCACGGAUGUGUUCCUGUCGUGGUUCCCGUUCUACUACGAGGUGAAGAUAGUGUUGGUCCUCUGGCUACUCUCGCCCGCUACCAAAGGCUCCUCAAUACUGUACCGCAAGUUCGUGCAUCCAGCGCUCUGCAGGAGGGAGCAGGAAAUAGAUGAAUACAUCGCCAAGGCCAAAGAUCAAGGUUACCACACUGUGCUCAACUUGGGCACUAAGGGCGUCAACUAUGCCACCACCGUUAUUAUGCAGACAGCUAUUAAAGGCGGCGGAGGUCUAGUCCAACAGUUGCGCAAAAGCUACAGCCUAUCAGACCUGACGGAGUGCGAGCCGCGCGAGGAGCGCGCCGGAGCGGAUGAGGCUGACGACGUGCUAGCCGAGCCGAGGCUCGUGCGACGCGCUAUCAAAAGCGGAUUUGCGGCUCGGCGCAGCGCUUCCGAGUCUAAUAGUCGUCAGCCGAUGUACUUCCCUGAAGUGGACGUGGAUGUGAGAAGCACGCGCUCCAGUAGAAGUGAUGAACCAGAUUUUAGCCAUAUAAAAUCAACGGAGGAUAUAAGCUCUGGGUACUCUAGCGCGGACAACUCUGGGUCUCUCACGCGCACUGGGUCUAUGGGCGCGGCGGGGGCGGGGGCGGCGCGAUCUCGCGCGCGCGCAACACGGACUACGACCAUCACCACCAUCAAGCGCCCGCAGGCGGCUGAGGAUAAUGAAGUCCACAUCGAGGAGUUACAAGACGACGAUCUUAAUAUUUACACAGACAUGCCUUCCCUUGUCAACAUAUCAUCGUCCUGUCUUUAUUUAUCUCAUACAAAUCCUACAUUUAUUUACCAAUAUGAUGGUAAACAGGUCAGAAUUUUACAAGUAUUAGGUCAGUUGCCUACUUCUCAGGAGUUAAAUCAGAAGGACAGUCCAUCUGAUGAAAGGGACCAAAAUAAUAUAUCCACUGAGGAAAAAAUCAAAGAAAAUAGUCCUCAAAAUAAUGCAUUAGAAAACAAUAUUUCGAAUAAUGAUUCCACAACCAAUGCUCCCAAAAAUAUUGAUAUCAUUCAACUAAAACACGAUGCUGAUAACAAUGUAGGUCUUACUAAAAUUGAUUUAGAAGUAAAGGCCGCGGAUAACUUGACUAAAGACGAACCUAGUUCUGAUAUUUCUCAAGUAAACAAUGAUACACUGAAAAACAAUACAACUAACAUAAAAUCGAUUGAAAAAGAAUUUGAAAGUACAAACGAACAAGACACAAACGAGAAUGGUAAUUUGGCAACGAAUAAUUCGGGUGAAAUCUUUACUGAUAACUAUUCAUCAGACGAUGAAGCUUCUUUUGGCACACCCAAUGAAUCGCCGAAAUCAAAUAGAAAACAUGCCAAAGGUAAAUACGGUAAAAAUAAAGCUCCUUUGCCACCAUCAACAGAAAUUAUAAAUACCUGUCCUAAAGACGCUCUUGACGGUACAAAUAUAAUAACGAAAGAAAUAUUAGAUGAUGAAAAAGAUUUAAAAGAAGAAAAGGUAAGUAAGGAGAAGGAGGCAGUUACCCUACCUGACAGUCUGAGCCCCACAAGUGAAAUAAGAAAUCGACAAAAAUCCAAAUCCCCGAUCCGAAUACCCAAACCAAGUGCUUCGGGAUUCGGAAAAUUAUUGCAAUUACCUGGGAAAUUAGCUUUUUGGCAUAGAAAUGAUGACAAAUCCGUAUCUGAUAAUAUUUCGAAUUCUUCAGGUGACAAAAGUAGAAGUUCUUCAAUAGGUCAAUUAAUCGACAAUGUUCCGAAUAAGGAAGAUGCAAGUUUGCCCAAUGAUGAAUCGAAGGGUAUAUCCGAAAUACUAUUAAGACCAAAAUCAUUAGAUGACAUUAGUUUUAAAGAUGCAAUAGAAUCAGAAAAUGAAAUCACAUCGCAUGAUAUCAUUGAAAAAAGUGACAUUCUCCAAAAGCUUAUAGAGGCGAAAAUAGAAAGUCAUCCAGAAUAUAAAUUUGUUCCUUUGAAAGAUGAAAUCAAAACCAUGUCAAAAAGUACUGAUGUUUAACGAACGAUAAAUUCUACAGGCCGGAACAGCAAUGCUGUCGGCAUCUGCUACAAUACCGCGUGCAAAAAAGUCUAGUAAAAGGAAAACUCAGUAGGCAAUUUAUUCAAGUUUCUUAAUGAUGUAUUAAAAAGGCAUUUGCAGAUAUUUCGAUGAGACCCAAAUAGCAAAUAAAUGAGUUAGGGCUCGUUUGUCUUUGCCAUUUAAGUCCCUCUUAUCUGUUUCAAUAAUAAUGCUCUCUAUCUAGAUUUAAUUUCACACAUUUCCGACGUAAAAAGACGUAACAAAAACUUAAAAAUAAAUUAGCAAAUCCAUUUUAUUAUCUAUCGCUGCUCCUAUUUAGGCUAUAAUAUUUAUU